AUGACCAUAAACGUAAAGGGACGAUGCAAAUUGGAAAUUAAACCCAUUAAAAGGUCAGAGAAGCUGGUGGUGGUGGGGGACGGCGCCUGCGGCAAGACCUGCCUCCUCAUCGUCUUCAGCAAGGACGAGUUCCCCGAGGUGUACGUGCCCACCGUCUUCGAGAACUACGUGGCCGACAUCGAGGUGGACGGCAAGCAGGUGGAGUUGGCCCUCUGGGACACGGCCGGCCAGGAGGACUACGACCGCCUGCGCCCCCUCUCCUACCCCGACACCGAUGUGAUCCUCAUGUGCUUCUCUGUGGACAGCCCGGACUCGCUGGAGAACAUCCCGGAGAAGUGGGUGCCUGAAGUCAAGCACUUCUGUCCCAACGUCCCCAUCAUCCUGGUGGCCAACAAGAAAGACCUGCGCAACGAUGAGCACGUGCGCAACGAGCUAGCCCGCAUGAAGCAGGAGCCGGUGCGCACCGAGGAUGGCCGUGCCAUGGCCAUUCGCAUCCAGGCCUACGACUACCUAGAGUGCUCGGCCAAGACCAAGGAGGGCGUCCGGGAGGUUUUCGAGACCGCCACCCGGGCGGCCUUGCAGAAGCGUUAUGGCACCCAGAAUGGCUGCAUCAACUGCUGCAAAGUCCUAUAGGGUGCAGCUGGCCCAUGGCCCCCAGGUCACCUGUUGGCAGGUGGAGAGGAGUUGGGUUAUGCACAUGCGUAGGGGACAUGCUGCCUCAGCCUUGGCCAAGGAGAGUUGUGCUGACUUGGCCACGGGGGUGAUGGGUGGGGGGGGUUGCAU